AUGUGUGAUCAAGUAGCGAAAACACCUAAACACCACGUGGUCGAUUACCGGACCAUCGCCAAAGAUGCGCCUCCUGAAGUUCGUAAGGAGGCUCUCAAAGCUGUUGAUGAUGCCCUUCGCUCUCAUGGAUUCUUCUACCUAUCUCAUCAUAGUGUUCCUCCACCUCUCCUUGCUGCAGCUUUCGAUUGGAUGAAAAAGUUCUUCGCAUUGCCACAUGAAGUCAAGUCGCUCGCCCGUCGUUCUAAGGAUCCCUUCGAUCCUCGUGGAUACACCAUUGUUGGUGACGCGGUCCUGGAUCAGGAGCACCAGCCUCAUACUCUGGGCGAGCUUGCAGAAGCAAGAGCUAAAGCGCCAGUCGAACAACGAGAGACACUCGAGCUCGGGUGUCCACAUGCGACCAACCAGAGUCCCAACAAAUUGUUGCCAGAGGAAAUCUUCCCUGGCUUCGCCGGAUGGUUGGAUGAAUGGUGGGACACAACUAUGCGCCUCCAGUUGAGCUUGAUGGAGUGUUUUGAUGAAAUCCUUCUUGGGGAGAAUGCAAGCUCAGGCGAAGGUCUGGUCAGCCAGCAAGACCUUGACCAGAGUUAUUCCAACAUGAGUCUGAUCCAUUACCACAAUAUGGCGAUAUCAGACAUAAAGAAUGGUACUGCAAGCCGUUGCAAUGCUCACACCGAUUCCAGUCAGCUUACGCUCUUGUUCCAAGACGACGUCGGCGGACUAGAGGUUUUGGACCAGAGCACACCGAACGGGCAGGCAAAAUUUGUUCCCGUACCCCCAGUCCCGGGUAUGAUGAUUGUGCAGCUAGGCGACAUGCUUGAGAAGCAGUCAAACGGACGAUGGCGCAGCGCAUUGCAUAGAGUCACAGCUCCCUCAUCCAAGAGAGACUCUGUCCACGCUACUACGCCUUCGGCCGGCACAGAAGGCACGCUGCAGGAUCGCUACUCGGUUGCAGUCUUUGUCUAUCCUCAAUUUGACACGGUGAUCAAGCCUUUGCCCGGGUGCUCAGACAAGGGUCCAUGGAACAGCUUCGACUGGGGUAGCGUACAGACGGCGGGAGAGUGGUGGCGCAAGAGGAUCGAACUGGAAUUCGGGAAAUAUGCCAGCAGCUGA